AUGGGCAGAAGGCGAUUCAGGCUGAAGCUCAGCUGUGUGAGCGUUGCGCGGGUGUUGUCCGCGUCAUCGUUUGGAUCCAAAUCCUCCUCCGCUUCUAUCAAAUAUGGGGACACGAGCGAAUUCCCAAACGUUAGCCAGCAGGAAGAUAGCUGUUGCGAUAUCGAUGAGAAUGGGAAUAAGAUAAUGGUGGUUCUGAAUUCCGGCUUUGAAGCUAAAUGUGCUCUGGAUUGGGCUCUCUCUCACGCCGUGCAGUCUCAGGACACGGUUCUUCUUCUUCACGUAGUCAACCCCUCCUCACAAGGUACAGAGUGUGAGGAGAGGCUUAGUCUGAAGACCUGCCAACUCGUGGUUGAUAUGAAAAAUAUGUGCCGGAUGAAGAGGCCAGGGGUGCAAGUGAGAGUGGUGAAGGCGGAAGGAGAGGAAGAGGGGAGAGCAAUAGUGGAGGAGGCAAAGCGACAGAGAGUGGCGCUGUUGGUGAUAGGGCAGAGGAAGAGAUCCCCAUGGAGGGGCUUGUGGCGGAGGCUGUGGGCCUGCAACAGGGCGGCUGCGCCCAUUUCAGUGGCUGAUUAUUGCAUUCAGAAUGCUUCCUGCAUGACCAUCGCUGUUAAGAAGAAGAACAAUAAGCUUGGAGGCUAUUUGAUCACUACUAAACGUCAUAAAAAUUUUUGGCUUUUGGCUUAAAACUACUACUUCAAAUUAAGUUUCACGUUCCAGUUUCUGUAUCUGCAACAAACAGCAGCGACCUCUCAUAUUGUUGUAGUAUUAUUAGCAGGGAAUUCAUCAGACCGCAUGUAAUAAUUACACGCAACUGUUUAUUGAUGAUCAUAAAUUCUAACAUGAUCUGCACGCAAAAGCCGACCUGAGACUAAUCGAUCACUCUUCAUACGAUACCUCUUAUCUCUUCACUUU